GAGCUUGCUUUUCUCUUGGACUGUUGACAGAGCAACGUUCACGCGUUAAAACAUUUUUUCUUUAAAGUCAAAAUCACACAUUUCCAUAUGUAUGCAUAUCUUGGAUUUUUAAAUGAAACAAUUAGCAAACAAAAAUUCCCGGCUUAUAUAAGAACGUCGCAUCGGCACUGAUCGCAGUUAUUUGUCUUUGAGCAUCGAAGAAAAGCAGUCAACAUGUCUCGCAUCGUUAAAGUGAUCCUGAUCGUCGCCAUUAUCUACUGUGCGUAUUCCGAAGCUCAAGUUACGGGACAGAAUUGCGAAGAGAAUCAAGAAUGGACCAAUUGUGGAUCAGCCUGCGAGCCAUCGUGUGAGAAUCCCAAUCCUCAAAUUUGUACAUUCAAUUGCAUUAUCGGAUGUCGGUGUAAAUCUGGAUUCUUGAGAGACGCAAAUAGGAAUUGUGUUACGCAGGAAAACUGUCCUACGGAUUAAAAAAACGUUGGGUGACAUGAUGUACGUAUAUGACGGGGGAGAAACUUAAUAUGGAAAGGGUUGUAAUUUGAAUAAAGUCAAAGUGAAUAAUAAUUUAA